AUGGACAUGCCAACAGCAAGGAUCCUGACGAAAAAGGCUUUAACGUACGUGUUAUGUUAUGGAGCGCAUCCUGGAAGAAAGGAUAACGCACAGUCUUUCAUCCGAGCAUGGAGGGCUGCAUGCAAUUAUAGGGGAAAGGCAAGGCUACUUACCCCCAAGGGAACCUUCUUGAUAGGGGCAACUAUCUUUCAGGGACCAUGCCAAGGUCCAGAACCCAUUAAGGUUCAAAUCGCAGGAACUUUGAAAGCUGUACCAGACCCUAGCAUGUAUGAAGAAGAUUAUUGGAUCUUAUUUGAAAAGAUCAACGGCUUGCUGGUUACUGGAACUGGCACUGUUGAUGGCCAAGGCAAUGCUGUCUGGAGAUACAACGACGGCGGUGCCAGGUUCCCUAGUUCUAUGAAAUUCAAUCAAGUAGUCAAUGGGAUUAUAAGACAGAUCACCUCUGUUAACCCCAUGGGUUUCCACAUAUCCAUCGUUCUGUCGCAGACCAUCAAGGCAAAAAAUCUUCGUAUAUUUGCCCCUGCCGAUAGCCCCAGCACUGAUGGAAUCCAUAUAAACCAAUCCAGUCAAGUGAAUGGAUCUAAUAGUGUCAUUGGAACUGGUGAUGAUUGCAUUGGCAUCAUACGGGGAUGCACAGAUGUCCGCGUCAGAAAUGUAACUUGUGGCCCUGGAGAUGGAAUCAGGUAA